AUGAAGUUACUCGCGACAUUGUUUGUACUUGUUGCAGUGUUGGCAGCCAUCGAGGCUCAGAGCCAGGUGGCAGGCCCCCUGAUCACACCUUAUCCCCGAUCAGUUACAUUCGGCUCAACAACAGGAUUGCUCAACCCACAGAAGUUCAAGAUCACUACCAGCUCCUCGUCCAGCAUCCUGGCCGGCGCCAUCCAGCGCUACUCCUCCCUUUUCUUCCCCUUUGGCAACGGCGCCGCCAGCUCGGCCCCAGCCGCCACCCUCAACAUCAAGGUUGCCUCGGCCUCCGAGACCCUUGACUUUGGCGUCAGCGAGAACUACACCAUCUCGGCCACCACCUCAUCGUACACCAUCACCGCCGACACCAUCUACGGUGCCAUGCGCGGUCUCGAGACCUUCUCCCAGCUGAUCGCCUACACCCAGUCGUCCAACAGCUACAGCAUCCCCUUCCUCCCCAUCGUCAUCAACGACUAUCCCCGUUUCCCAUGGAGAGGAAUCAUGAUCGACACUGGCCGUCACUUCCAGCCCGCCAGCUACAUCAUGCACUUGAUCGAGGGAUUGUCUUACAGCAAGUUCAACACCCUCCAUUGGCACGUCACCGACACCGAGUCGUUCGGCGCUGAGGUACCAAACUCCAACGUCACCAACCCAUACAACUCAGUUGCAGUCUGGUCAACCGCUGACAUCCAGGCCAUCGUUGCCCAUGGCAAGUCCUACGGAGUCCGUGUCGUCCCAGAGUUUGAUGUCCCCGCUCACUCAUACAGCUGGAGAUAUGGUGCACCAGAUAUGUUCACCAACUGCCCAAGCUACUACAACUGGAUGGAUCAGGUUCCAAUGUCGCCAGCUUCGGACAAUGCUUUGGACGUCGUCAAGUCGGUGUUCACCGAGAUGUCCUCAUUGUUUGUCGACUCAUUCUUCCACACCGGAGGUGACGAGCUUGCACUCGACUGCUGGAAUGAGGACCCCGCCGUCAAGGCAUGGAUGGCCCAGAAGGGCUUCUCCACCGUCCAGACCGAGCAGUACUUUGAGGACUACUUCACCACCGUGUUGCAGUCGCUCAACCGCACCAAGGUCGUCUGGAACGACCCGUACAGCAACGGAGUCGCCCUCGCCAAGGACACCGUCGUGCACGUCUGGGACAGCACCUCGCUGAUGCAAUCAAUCGUCAACGACGGCUACCGCGCCAUCGCCUCCUUUGACUACUACCUCAACGACCAGAUCCCCGUCUCUGGCCAGACUCACUACGAGUGGCAGGACACCUGGCAGGACUUCUACGGUGCCGACCCUCUGGCCGGCAUCAGCUCCAACGGCCACCUCGUCAUUGGAGGUGAGGGCUGCAUCUGGGGCGAGCAAGCCGAUCAGUUCGCCGUCGAUGUUCGUGUCUUCCCCCGUGCUCUCGGUAUCUCUGAGCGUCUCUGGUCAGACGAGAGCCUCACCGACGUCCAGUCCGCUCUCACCCGUAUUGGUGCCCUCUCUUGCCGCAUUUCCCAGCGUGGCAUCGCCUCUGGUCCACUCUUCCCCGACUUCUGUCUUAUGCCAGACGACGUUGCCGACUACCUCGAGACUCCACGCUCUGUCUUGUCCAGAGAGGAGGUCUUGUCCAUCCUCAGAGCCAACUAA